UGUCUUGCAGUCAAUAGUUACAAAUAAGUAGUUGAAGGUGUCAAUGUCAAUAGCAAACGUGCAUGAGAAUAAUUCAUUCAUAAUCACAUCAUGAUAACGCUAUCGAUGCAAUCAAUGGCAGUGAAGUAAAAACAUCAAUAACUUAUAAAGGUAUAAAAUGGUCUAAAAUUUAAUAAAACGACGACAGAGUCUUAUUUAAGCAAGUGACUCGGAUCUAUUGUUAUAAGUACUUUUAAAAACUAGUCAGAGGACAUUUAAAAAUUGCAACUAAAAAAUUUCACCAACUACACAUAGAAUGAACGUUACUCUUACCGCUGUGGUUUUAUUGACCACAGCUGCACUUUGUUGUGCAGCUGAUGCAGAGUGUAAGUACCGUAAGACUCGUAAGUUGGUACUUCACUGGCCGGAUCCUACUGAUUGCACUCGCUACUAUCGUUGUACGAAUAGGAGUGUAAAGAGAGAAGUGGUUUGCGCCGAAGGCAAGGUAUAUAAUUCGAAGACAGGAAAAUGCUCAAAUUACAUCGAGGGUCUUUGCAAAUUGACACUAGCCAUGCCUUUAGAUGCGAUUAUCAACGUAUGUGCUAAUGAAACCUCUGGUGUUUAUCUUGAUCAACCUGGAUACUGUCGUAAUUUCUAUAUUUGCAAUCAAAAUCAAGCUUAUCCUCAAGUUUGCGAUGCUGGAAGUCGCUUCAAUUCUACGACUAGAACAUGCAUACCAGACACUGACUCUGAAUGUUGGCAAAAUAAGUGUAUUGGUGAAAAUAAUGGCACCUAUUUGCCCAAUGAAUCUUCUUGUUCUUCAUUUUAUGUAUGUGCUGCUGGCGAAACAAUCGAACAAGAAUGCGGUAGUGGCAGCUAUUUUAAUAGUUCCAAAAGGAUUUGUUUGCCUGAUCCAGAUGGACAGUUUUGUUGGGAGAACUUAUGUGUAGGCAAAAAAGAUGGAGAGUUUGUGCAAGAUGUAAAAGAUUGCUACAGUUAUUACAUCUGUGUUUCCGCAAAACCAAUCCAGCAAUAUUGUCCAGAAGGCAGCUAUUUCAAUUCGACUGAAAACAGUUGCUUACCAGGCGAGUGUUCACCAGUUACAACCGAGUGUCCCACUACUGAGACAACAGAAUCAACGACUGAAUGCAUUAGCGAAAGCACUGAAUCCACGCCAUCAACAGAAUGUACUGAAGUUACAACAUCUGCUACUGAGACAACAGAAUCAACGACGGAAUGCCUUAGUGAAAGUACUGAAUCCGCGCCAUCAACAGAAUGUACUGAAGUUACGACACCUGCUACGGAAGCAACUUGCGAUUGUCCUGGUGGUUAUAAGGAAGGUGAAUUGAUACCGUUCCCAAACUACCCCGAGAAUUGUGAUAAAUAUUAUGAAUGUUCGAAUGGUAAACUUGAGGAGAAGGAAUGCGGUGAAGGAAAUGGCUUCAAUAGCACCUUAGGUGUUUGUGAACCCGAUGUUGACCAUAUCUGUUGGCCAGUCGGGACUACUGAAUGUUCCGAAGUUACCACAUCUGCUACGGAAGCAACUUGCGAUUGUCCUGGUGAUUAUAAGGAAGGUGAAUUGAUACCGUUCCCAAACUACCCCGAGAAUUGUGAUAAAUAUUAUGAAUGUUCGAAUGGUAAACUUGAGGAGAAGGAAUGCGGUGAAGGAAAUAGCUUCAAUAGUACCUUAGGUGUUUGUGAACCCGAUGUUGACCAUAUCUGUUGGCCAGUCGUGACUACUGAAUGUUCCGAAGUUACCACAUCUGCUACGGAAGCAACUUGCGAUUGCCCUGGUGGUUAUAAGGAAGGUGAAUUGAUACCGUUCCCAAACUACCCCGAGAAUUGUGAUAAAUAUUAUGAAUGUUCGAAUGGUAAACUUGAGGAGAAGGAAUGCGGUGAAGGAAAUAGCUUCAAUAGUACCUUAGGUGUUUGUGAACCCGAUGUUGACCAUAUCUGUUGGCCAGUCGUGACUACUGAAUGUUCCGAAGUUACCACAUCUGCUACGGAAGCAACUUGCGAUUGUCCUGGUGGUUAUAAGGAAGGUGAAUUGAUACCGUUCCCAAACUACCCCGAAAAUUGUGAUAAAUAUUAUGAAUGCUCAGACGGAAAACUGGUGGAGAAGGAAUGCGGUGAAGGAAAUAGCUUCAAUAGCACCUUAGGUGUUUGUGAACCCGAUGUUGACCAUAUCUGCUGGCCAGUCGUCACUACUGAAUGUUCCGAAGUUACGACACCUGCUACGGUAGCAACUUGCGAUUGUCCUGGUGGUUAUAAGGAAGGUGAAUUGAUACCGUUCCCAAACUACCCCGAGAAUUGUGAUAAAUAUUAUGAAUGUUCGAAUGGUAAACUUGAGAAGAAGGAAUGCGGUGAAGGAAAUAGCUUCAAUAGUACCUUAGGUGUUUGUGAACCCGAUGUUGACCAUAUCUGUUGGCCAGUCGUGACUACUGAAUGUUCCGAAGUUAGCACAUCUGCUACGGAAGCAACUUGCGAUUGUCCUGGUGGUUGUAAGGAAGGUGAAUUGAUACCGUUCCCAAACUACCCCGAGAAUUGUGAUAAAUAUUAUGAAUGUUCGAAUGGUAAACUUGAGAAGAAGGAAUGCGGUGAAGGAAAUAGCUUCAAUAGUACCUUAGGUGUUUGUGAACCCGAUGUUGACCAUAUCUGUUGGCCAGUCGUGACUACUGAAUGUUCCGAAGUUACCACAUCUGCUACGGAAGCAACUUGCGAUUGUCCUGGUGGUUAUAAGGAAGGUGAAUUGAUACCGUUCCCAAACUACCCCGAAAAUUGUGAUAAAUAUUAUGAAUGCUCAAACGGAAAACUGGUGGAGAAGGAAUGCGGUGAAGGAAAUCGCUUCAAUAGUACCUUUGGUGUUUGUCAACCUGAUAUCGAAAAUGUUUGUUCACGGAUAAAUUGUGAUGCUCGAAACUAUAACGUAGUUGGACGAAGAAAUAGGCGAAGUGUGGACAGAUCUUCGAUUGACACAUUCGAUGCUCCAUUGUGUUUGGGUUUAUACACCGAGGGUGUGAUAAUAGGAGAUUCUUCAAACUGUCGGAAGUAUCAAAUUUGUGUUGAUGGUGAAAUGAUAUCCGAAGAUUGCGGCUUUGGAAAUUAUUUUAACUCAAAUACUUUAACAUGUAACAUUGAUACUCAGCAAGUUUGUAUUGGCAAUAACGAGAAUGCCAAUGAAUACCUUAGUACCAAAAAGAGUGAACAAAUAACUGAUAUCGUUUCCAGUAUUGGGGUAGAAGAUUGCAGCUGCCCGGGUGGUUACAAGGAGGGUGAAUUGUUACCAUUCCCCAACUAUCCGGAAAAUUGCGAUAAAUAUUACAUCUGUACCGACGGUAGGCUUCAAGAACGAGAGUGCGGAAAGGGAAAUUAUUUUGACAGUCGACUCGGAGUAUGUGUACCUGAUGUCGAUAAUAAAUGUUGGCCGGCAGAAACGAAUUGCACUUGUCCCGGUGGAUAUAAAGAGGGUGAAUUGUUACCAUUCCCCAACUAUCCGGAAAAUUGCGAUAAAUAUUACAUCUGUACCGACGGUAGGCUUCAAGAACGGGAGUGCGGAGAGGGAAAUUAUUUUGACAGUCAACUCGGAGUAUGUGUACCUGAUGUCGAUAAUAAAUGUUGGCCGGCAGAAACGAAUUGCACUUGUCCCGGUGGAUAUAAAGAGGGUGAAUUGUUACCAUUCCCCAACUAUCCGGAAAAUUGCGAUAAAUAUUACAUCUGCACCGACGGUAGGCUUCAAGAACGGGAGUGCGGAGAGGGCAAUUAUUUUGACAGUCAUCUCGGAGUAUGUGUGCCUGAUGUCGAUAAUACUUGCUGGCCAAAUUUAUGCUAUGGUCAAAUUGACGGUACCUAUGUACCUGAUUCGACAAAUUGUACUUCAUUUUAUCUUUGCCAAGACGGUAAAGGAGAGAUAUAUAACUGUCCACCUGAGAAGUGGUUUAACCCAGUUGAUAAAAUUUGUAUGCCAGACUUUAACGCAACGUGCAUAAAUCCUUGUAAAGAUACAACAGGAAUUACAUUCUUACCCAAUCCCGAUUGUUCUAAGUAUUUUCUUUGUAAUGACUGCAAACCAUAUGUUGAGACAUGUCCCGAAGGUGGAUUUGAUAUAACCUUGAAUAAAUGUCAUGCAGAUGCUGUUUGUGAAGCUACUUUGUGUGUAGGUAAAAGUGAUGGAACAACAUACCCUUUUGUAGGCAACGACACCAAAUUCUAUUUAUGCAUGGGCGGCGUAGCUCAGAUAAGAGAAUGUAAAUCCGGACAAGUUUUCAAUAAAGAUGUGGGAGUUUGCUUGGAAGAGCCUAGCUCACAAUGUAAUCAAACCGAAUGCCAGUCCACCAACCCAGAAGAUAACGCAUUUGCACCCUUAACAAACACUGAUAACACCGCAUUCUGUUUAUGUCGAGGUGAUUCAGCGUUCCUACAUCACUGUGCAGAUAAUUACACUUUCCGAGCAGACCUCGGAAUAUGCUAUUCGAAUGCACCUUGUGAUCCGGAGUUAUGUGAUUCCUUCCCAGAAAAUACGCGCUCGCAAAAUCGUAACAAUUCACAUAGUUUCUGUUUAUGUGUCAGUAAGCAACAAGUUAUUGUUGAUUGCCCCAAUAAUCAAACAUACAAUGCAGUCACCCAAACUUGCCAAGUGCUUGAUGAAAGAUGUUCUUCUACAUUUUGCCUUACGGCUCCGGAGUAUAGUACUUUCCCAGCAUUGAAUAAUGAUACAGAUGGUUUCUGCGAAUGCGUUAGUUCUGGCACCACAUAUAAGUUGUGCGGAAACGAUAAGAAAUACAAUGCGGAAAAAGGAAUAUGUCUUCCAGAAAUUGGGGAUGAUUGCAGUAGUUCACUUUGUUCAGGGAAUGCUGGAUUGAUAUAUGGUGCUGCCAGUGAUCCUCACUCCUUCUGUUACUGUAUCAACGAUGGAUUAGCAAUUAAGCAGAAUUGCCCAAAUUCUGAGAUAUUCAAUGAGACUUUGUUUAUAUGUCAGGCGGUGGGCUGUGAUGGCGAAAUUUGUUCGACGAAUCCAUCGGGUCCGUUUCCAGCUUUAAAUGAACCAUAUGCUUUUUGUGUCUGUGGAAGUUCAGAUCCAAGCUCAGUAACUAAACACGAUUGUGCUAAUGGAACUCGUUUCGAUCCAUACUACUUAUUAUGUAAAGAGGAUCCUUGCGACAAGAACUUUUGUUCCAAUUCAUCCAAUAAUGGUAUCCCAUAUCCAGCAAAUCAUUACCAAUACGGAUAUUGCGUGUGUAAGAGUGGAAUACCCGAGUUGAUUUCUUGUUCUGACGGAAACCUGUUUAAUCCUGUUUCCAGACAGUGUGAAUCCUCAAGCACUGUGGAGUGCGAUGUAGCUCAAUGUGCUAAUACGACAUCAGAAUAUCCUUUUGCCAUUGCAGCUAAAAACGAUACACAUGGAUUUUGUUACUGCUUUUCUUUGACCGAAGUUGAAUUCUUCUUGUGUCCAGAUAAUGCUUUAUUUGACCCGAUUAGCGAGAUUUGUAAUAUAAGCUGUACAAAGAGUGCGAAAUUAUUAGAACUAAAUCAAGGAAUCUCCACCGUGAGCUGCCUGGGUACUUACGGCGAGGGGGAAUACGUCCCACAUCGUACUAACAAUCAACUGUUCUAUGUCUGCUAUAAUGCAAAGCUUCUGGAGGGUGAUUGUGGUGCAGGAAAUAUCUUCGACCAAGAUAGUCUAACUUGUCAGCCUUUGGACAAAAGGGUUAUGCACCAAAAUACAAAUAUAAUGCGCACGGGAGAGAUUCCGGAAAAUAAUAAAUGGUGUAUUGAAAACGAAAAAAGAUCCGUACUAUUCAACUGUUCGCAAUAUGAAGUAUGCUUAGAUGGUGAUUGGACUCGACUGAGCUGUCCUGAUAGAAACAUUUUCAGUCAAGAAGAGCGUGCGUGUAUUGAACUUCGCGAUGACAUGAUCUGCAUUCAUGGUCGUGUUACAAUUUUUCCAAAUUGUAGUACUUCAAUGGAGUUACAUACAGUUCCGGGAAAGGAUGCUAACUGCACUCAAUACUACCGCUGUAAUCAUGGUAAAUGGCGAUUGAAGAAUUGUCCGAAACAACAUUUUUACUCAAAGCGUUUAAACACUUGCAUACCAAGUACACACGACGAUGUUUGUACGGCUCAAAAUGAACUCAACAUUGACAAUAUGCCGGUACAGGAAUUCGAUUGUCGCCACAUGGAAGUGCGUUAUUAUGAGUCUAAUUGUGCAAUGUACCUUAUGUGUUUGGACGGUAAAUGGUGGCAUCAUUACUGCCCACUUGGUAUGUACUAUAACCGUAUAUAUAACUACUGCAUGCCCGACUUGGAUGGUCUUUGCUUAUUUACUGCUAGGCCAUCAAUUUCUGUAUAUUCAGAAGAGCAAUAUUCUAAACAACCAUGUACUUUACAAGGUGCCCUUAGACCAUCUGCUUUGGCUUGCGAUCGCUAUUAUGUAUGCCAAGGAAGUUUUUGGAAAUUGAAAAUUUGUCCGUCUCAGCAUUAUUUCAACCUUACCGAAAGUAUAUGUUUACCCGAUAUAGAAAAUGUUUGCUUGCAACUAUAUAAACCCACGUGCAGUGAGGGCGAGCGGCGCGAGUUUCCAUUUAAUUGUACGUCCUAUGAGAAAUGCAUACAUGGAGAAUGGCAAAAACAAAAUUGCAAAUUUUCUUUUAUGUUUGAUAAUAUUUUACAGCAGUGUGUGCCGAACAUAGGAGAGUGUGGUGAGAAUGGGUUGAGAAAAGUUUGCGGACCCGGAGUGGUUAAAGCUCACCCGCUGUCUGAUAAUUGUACACAAUUUUAUUAUUGUCUUGAUGGCAUUUGGAAAGAGGGUUUUUGCUUAAAAACUCAUACCUAUUCAAAGGACUUGGGCAAGUGUGUGCCACAUGCACCCCUUGAUAAAUGUCAACCCUUUAUUGUGGAACAAAAAUUAAUGACUGAUAUGAACUUAGAUUCAGGUCAACCAACAUUCGAAAAUGAUAUAAAUAGUAUCUGUCUUGGACGUGAAAAUGGCAGUGCUGUAGCACACCCAGAGAGCUGUUUACAUUUUUUCGUUUGUAUUGGAGAGGUGCCAGUCAAAGAGCAAAAAUGUAUUCCCGCAGCAUUUUUUGAUGCUACACUCGGUUAUUGUCGUCCUAAUAACGGUAGCUGUAUAAUUCCUCUUGCAGGUGUAUGUGCAAAUUCCACAGACGGCGGCAAUGUUGCACAUCCCUACGAUUGUCAGGCUUAUUAUGAAUGUUCUACUUUGAAUGGGACUGAACUACGCUAUUGCGCCGAAGGCGAGUAUUAUCACAAUACUACGGGUGAAUGUCAUAUUGAUCGAGGGGAGUGCCGUGCCAAAUUUAAAGAGCACAGCAAAUGUCAGCAUGGAAAAAGUUUAUCUCACGAACGUUAUUGUAACAUUUAUUUUGCUUGUGUACGUGGUUUGGCUAUACCUGCGGUGUGCCCAGCUGGUAAUCACUUUAACUCCACUGUUGGACAUUGUGUAUUUGAUCCUGUAAAUAACUGUGAGAAUGGUAGCUUAUCAGAAAUAACAUAUAACAUCAAAUCGGAAGACAUAUGUAAAAAUUUAAGUGAUGGCAAUCACUUGCCUGACAUGAUAGAUUGCACGAAAUAUUACGUGUGUUUAGCUGGAAUGGAAUUAAGGAAACAAUGUCCGUCGGGUGCAUACUUUGAUACUGAUCAACAGCUUUGUGUACCUGAUGAUGGUUCCUGCCCAUAUGUCGUCAAAACAGAAUCAAACUUAUUGAUUGCUCCACCAGAGCCUUCCGUAUGUGAAGGAAAGCAUGGAGAUAUGAUGCCUGAUCUUCUCAACUGUAAUGAGUUUUAUGUUUGCAUUAAUGGAAAGUUACGACACGAAAGAUGUUAUACGAACUAUUACUUUAACUCAUCGCUACUGCAAUGUCAAUCGUACACGCAAGCUAUUGGCAAUACAACAGAAGCUAAUGCUGUCAGUGUAGAUCCACAUCAAUUAAAAUUAACACAGACACAAUGUAAACACAAGCCCUCAAAUUAUACUGAACUCUGCUUACAAAUGCCAAAGGGAUCUUCCAUUGCAGAACCAGGUGAUUGUCGACGGUACGUAAGUUGUAACGACGUCGACGGUCCUGUCUCUCAACGUUGUCGCAAUGGUGAGAGCUAUGAUAGCUUGCUCGGUUUUUGUCGACAGAACGAUGGCACAUGUUUGCUGGAAAAUGGACAACGAGUUGGUGAAUGUAAUGCUCGACACGGAGUGUUGGUAAGAGACGAAGACAACUGUCAAGCAUAUUUUGUGUGCAUAAAUGGCCAGAAAAUCCCUGGCAGUUGCAAUAAAAACGAAUAUUUCGAUAAAAUUCAGACGUCUUGUCUUCCCAAUGAGAAUAAUCAGUGUGACAAAGCUUUAAACCAAGCUUACGCGAUGAAAACAGCGGUGUCAUGCCUUGGUCUCGGGGAUUCCAUACUUUAUCCAUAUACGCUGGACAACUGCCGUUCGUACUUUCAAUGUGUGCAAGGAAAACCAGUUGUACAUAAAUGUGCCGACGGACUAUAUUUCAACGCGUCAAUAACACGCUGCGUGAAGGAUGUGGUAAAUUGUACUAUGCCAGCAGUGGUAGCAAAGCGAGCGCUUGAAGAAAUCCAGCAUAAGGAACAUGGGAGCUCUACAUAGAUACUAUACAUUUAUAUGAUAGCAAGUCAACGUCAUGGCAAUACUGGCGAACAUACAUAUAAUAGCGAAAGUUGCUUGUGAUACCAGAGGUCAUAUUAUUUGCAAACUUUCAUAAACGAAAUUGCGUAUGUAACUACAUAUGUAUGUAAAACCUUAAUUUUUAGGCAUUU